AUGUGUCAGCAGGUCAACAAACCAAACCACUUCACAACCGCCUACGACAUCCAGAACCUGGUGGUCCGACGCGGUCUGGAGUUCGUCAUGAGGAUCAGCUUCAACCGCCCGUUCGCCCAGGGAGACGACUUCCAGGUGGAGUUCCUGAUUGGCUCCAACCCCUCUCCCAGUAAGGGCACCCAGGUGGUGGUGACGUUCGGGACCCGUCACGGCGGCCCGUGGUCGGGCCGGAUCCUGGAGACCAGUGGUGAGACUUUGAUGCUGGGCAUCACCCCGACAGCCGACGCCGUCGUGGGGAAGUUUCGGACUUACGUGGCCGUCAUGGUGGGCGGCGGCCUGCAGAGGACCAAGAGGGACCCCAGCACCGACCUGUACCUGCUCUUCAACGCCUGGUGUCCAGAAGACGCCGUGUUUGUCCCUAACGAAGGCGAGCGGAGGGAAUACGUCCUCAACGACACAGGUGUGAUCUACCAGGGCUCAGUCGGAGCUGUGUCACACCGCAACUGGAUGUAUGGACAGUUUGAACGUGGAAUUUUAGACGCCUGCAUUCACAUCCUGGAUGCGUCUCGGAUGCCGAUCUACAACCGAGGCAACAUCAUCAAACUGGUCAGGAAGGGGUCGGCCAUGCUGAACUCUCAGGACGACAACGGUGUGUUGGUGGGGAACUGGAGCGAGGACUUCUCCAUGGGCACGCCCCCGACAUCUUGGACAGGCAGCGUCAAAAUCCUGCUGCAGUUCGUCAACACCGGAGUCCCCAUCUGCUUCGCCCAGUGCUGGGUGUUCGCCGGAGUCUUCAACACCUUCCUGCGUUGCCUCGGCAUCCCGGCGAGGGUCAUCACCAACUUCUCCUCAGCUCACGACAACACGGGCAACCUGAAGACCGACCUCAUCUUCAAGCCUGACGGGACGCCGGACAAACGCCACACCAGGGACUCCAUCUGGAACUACCACUGCUGGAACGAGGUGUUCAUGGCGCGUCCUGACCUGCCGCCCGGCCUCGCAGGAUGGCAGGUGGUGGACGCCACGCCCCAGGAGACCAGUGAUGGACAUUUUCGCUGCGGCCCAGCCUCAGUCAGUGCCAUUAAAGAGGGUCUGCUGUGCCACCCGUUUGACUGUGGAUUUGUCUUCGCUGAGGUGAACAGUGACGUGGUCUUCCUAAAGCGGGAUCGCUACGGGACUCUGACUCCAUUCAGGGUGGAUAAGACUCACAUUGGACAGGCUAUUUACACCAAAGCUGUUGGCAGCCCAGCACCUAUGGACAUCACAUACACCUACAAGUAUCCUGAAGGAAGUGGAGAUGACAGCAGGACUAUGGCUCGGGCGGAGGAAUACGGCUGCGAGAGGGAUCACUCUGAGCUGCCUCAGACCCAGAUGUCUGUCGUCAUCAGUACUGAACAGUGCCACCUGGGUCAGGACGUGAACCUGGCCGUGGAUUUCCAGAACCAGGGUGAAUCCCCCCAAUCUGUCCAAGCUCACCUGUCCGGGUCGGUCGUCUUCUACACCGGAAUCACAGCCAGUCAGUUCAAAGAUCAGAGCUUCAGUGUCACAGUGACGCCCUACCAGACGGAGCGUGUGAUGUUGAAGAUCUCAGCUCAGGAGUACAUGCCUCACCUGGGCGCUCAGCUCUGCCUCCACUUCAUUGUGACUGGACAGGCUGAUGACCAAUCAGUGAGCGCCAUCAAGGUGGUCAACCUGCAGACCCCCAGCCUCAUCAUGACGGUGAGCGGCACGCCUCAGGUGCAGCAGCGGAUGUAUGUGACCGUCUCCUUCACCAACCCCUUCAACUUCCCCCUGAACAACGUCCACGUGGCCAUGGAGGGACCUGGACUCAUGAGUGACAGGACGCGUAACUACAGCGUCAUCAACCCUCAGUCCUCAUUCUCCUGGACGGAGGAGUUCAUCCCUCGGCUGGAUGGAACCCGAUGCCUUGUGGCGCAGUUGAACAGCAGCAACCUGUCUCAGGUGUCGGGACAUGUUGAUGUCAUCAUCUCACCCUGA